AUGCAGAGUCAAAAUGACUACCUCAGGCAAUGGCUGCCAAGGCAGGAAUCAUAUCUCCAUCACCUCCUGGAUCGAGAAGCUCCACCAGAAGAUAGGAGAUGCGUCAUCUGCGAUCAGGAUGGGGUCUUCAAAUGUCAAGAUUGUCUCGGGGAGCCUCUCUAUUGCACAGGCUGUUGCCGGAGUCAACAUCGUUGCAAUCCUUUCCACUGGAUCAGUCAAUGGAAUGGUCAAUUCUUCGAGCAAAGUUGUCUGGCUCAUGUUGGACUCAUCAUAUACCUCGGUCAUGAUGGCAAGCCAUGUCCGGUAGUCACGGAUAGGUGGGAUUUGUUUGACGAAGAUGAACAAGAAGACCACUUUGAACCUGAAGAUUUACCAUCUGUGUCGGGACCCGAGUUCCAGCCCAAGGAAAAUACAAUGGUCAUCAUUGACAAGUCAGGAGUCCAUCGCCUUGAGGUUCGAUGCUGUGAUUGUCCCGAUGCCAUGAGUCCAGACAUUCAAAUGUUUCGACAUGGCUUUUUCCCUGCAUCAUUUAACAAGCCGAAGACCGUGUUCACCUUCAGAGUGCUAGAUGAUUUUCUGUUGGACAACCUCAAAUGCGGCACCUCAGCGAUGAACUAUUACAGCAAGCUUCGGCGAAUGACCUCAAGCAGUGUUUCCCCACCUCGUUCCGCACGUUGCAAGGACCAAUACAGAGAGCUUAUGAGAUUAAAGUCUAUGAAAUGGCAUGGCUUCGGGCAUAGUUCCGACAACCUGAAUGCUGGAGAUCUUGCAUUAUUCUGCCUGGCAUGUCCUCAGCCAGGGAUUAACAUAUCCUUGUCAGGGGAUGAAUCACUUGAUGACUGGAAAUACACCCGGUCAUUUGUGAUGGACGGAAAUUUCAAAGCCGAACACCUGCAUCCCAUCAAGCCAUAUGAUGAAGUAUGGCUCUCCAAUGGGUUGGGGUUUAUGGUGGGAAAGGAAAGACAAAUGAACAUGGACUACGCACUUUGUGAGGCUGCCCAGCACAACAUGGAUGGGAUUACAAGGGCUGUCACCUUCUAUGACAUCAACUGUCAAUACAACAAGCACUUGCGUGUUCGGGAUAGCUGCUAUGUCAGAUAUGCGUCGAAUUUCAUUGAAGGCAUUGGUUGCAUUGAUGGAGAGAUCAUGGAGACCCUAUGGGCACAUCUCAACCUGAUUUCUCCUGCUGCUUGGGGAAUGUCUUCCCCGCAUCGGAAAGAAUGUCUUGAUUUCCAGAUGAAUGAUUCCAACUUUUGCAAGAUGAUCUGCAUGAAGAGGACCCUUUGCCGGAAAUACAAGCAGGCGAAGAAUGGCAUUGCCGAAAGUGGAAAGGCUUUUGACAGACUCGACGAAGCCGCACCGGCCAACUUAAAGACAGACUGGUUAGCCAGUGCGAUGGAUAUAUAUGAGAUUAAUAUCAAGAAGGGUGAGAUCACUCUGUCUCGAUCGAAGUCUGAAUUCAUUUUGAACCCAGCACCGAGCAAAAUGGAGAUAGAGCUUAGACUGCUGCAGGAGGGUAAUGCCUGUCAUGCAGCACCCUCUCGCAGAUCUGUGGCAACAUGGAUAUCAAUGGGCCUGGCAAUUGAAGAGGCCCAAAUUGCAUUGCACAUUGAGGUCUGA